AUGGAUCUAAUUAUGAGUGAUUUCAGAAUCGUAAUUACUGUUCCAUCUUGUCUCGUGAUCUGCAAUGCACACAAGAUCUACUCCCGCUUCUCUGGAAGAAAAACCGCUCGCCGAGGCAGGUCUCCCCGGGCAACUGCGAACGGCCACGGGGAUGGCGUCAGUCAUCAGGGAGGCAAAGGCAAGGGCUGGGGAGCGUUCCCGGGGGGGCCCCCGACCCCCGCGUCCAGCACCGCGGGCCGCACUCUGCGGACGCCCUGGGUCAGUCACCGCCCCUUCGCCCUGACGGAGGCCGCGACCGACUCGGGGCGCCGGGCCAGCCGCACGCGGCGGGUCACGGGUCACGUGCCGCGGGGCGGGUCCUGGCGCGCGCGGCCGGUGGCGGGAAGGGGCGGGGCCUCGGGCGGGGCCGCCGGGAGGGGAGGGCGGGGAGGCGUGCAGAUGGCGGCGGCUGCUCAGGGGGGCGGGGGCGGGGAGCCCCGGGGAGCCGGCGGGGUGGGCCCGGGGGUCCCGGGGGAAGUGGAGGUGGUGAAGGGCCAGCCGUUCGACGUGGGCCCGCGCUACACGCAGCUGCAGUACAUCGGCGAGGGAGCCUACGGCAUGGUCAGCUCAGCGUAUGACCACGUGCUCAAGACUCGAGUGGCCAUAAAGAAAAUCAGCCCCUUCGAGCAUCAGACCUACUGCCAGCGAACACUACGGGAGAUCCAGAUCUUGCUGCGCUUCCGCCACGAGAAUGUCAUAGGCAUCCGAGAUAUUCUUCGGGCGCCUACCCUGGAAGCCAUGAGAGAUGUGUACAUUGUGCAGGACCUGAUGGAGACAGACCUGUACAAGUUGCUCAAAAGCCAGCAGCUGAGCAAUGACCAUAUCUGCUACUUCCUCUACCAGAUCCUUCGGGGCCUCAAGUAUAUCCACUCAGCCAAUGUACUCCACCGGGAUCUAAAGCCCUCCAACCUGCUCAUCAACACCACCUGCGACCUUAAGAUCUGUGAUUUCGGCCUGGCCCGGAUUGCUGAUCCUGAGCAUGACCACACUGGCUUUCUGACCGAAUAUGUGGCCACACGCUGGUACCGGGCUCCGGAGAUCAUGCUUAACUCCAAGGGCUAUACCAAAUCCAUUGACAUCUGGUCUGUGGGCUGCAUUCUGGCUGAGAUGCUCUCCAACCGACCCAUCUUCCCCGGCAAGCACUACCUGGACCAGCUCAACCACAUUCUGGGUAUCCUGGGCUCCCCAUCCCAGGAGGACCUGAAUUGUAUCAUUAACACGAAGGCCCGGAACUACCUACAGUCUCUGCCCUCUAAGACCAAGGUGGCCUGGGCCAAGCUUUUUCCCAAGUCAGACUCCAAAGCUCUUGACCUCCUGGACAGGAUGUUAACCUUCAACCCCAAUAAGCGGAUCACAGUGGAGGAGGCCCUGGCUCACCCCUACCUGGAGCAGUACUAUGACCCCACAGAUGAGCCAGUGGCUGAGGAGCCCUUCACUUUCGACAUGGAGCUGGAUGAUCUGCCCAAGGAGCGGCUGAAGGAGCUUAUCUUCCAAGAGACAGCCCGCUUUCAGCCAGGGGCGCAAGACGUCCCCUAACCAGGACAGACGUCCCUGCUUCCUGGGGCCUGGCCUGGCUCCUGUCUGCCUCCCCUGCUGGACUGUUAGGAAGUGGAUGCUGUGUGCAGACCUGGCCAGGGCUGAGGGUGGGCCUGGCUCUUUCUCCCACUUUGCGGGGGACUCCUUUGCCGGGCAGGCCAGGCUCCCUCCUCCCUACCCGGCCUGAGGCCUGAGGGGCUCAGGUGGCCCACAGCAAAUCUCUCUGCUGCUCUGCCUUCAUCUCCCCAGCUGGCCCAUCUCUGGCAGACCUUUCUGGAAUGGAAGGGCUCUGGCUGCCACAGGACCUACCCCGGGCGCUCAGAGUCUGAGUAGGGACUCUGGGCAAGCCCUGCCCCUCUCACCCCAUUGAAACCCCACCCCACUUUCCUGGAAGGAACAUUCCUAAGUCUCAAGGGCUAGUCUCCCUGAGGAGCCGGUCCUGGCCGAAGUCCCCCAGCCGCCACAUUUAACACCCUCGCUGCUUCUGUGUGUGGGUGAGUGGAGGUGCAGUGGGGCCCGAGGUGAGCACAGUGCCCUUGCCCCCUUCCCAUGCCUGUAUCUAAUAUAUAAAUAUAGAGACGUGUA